AUGCAGACUGGGUGGCGAGUUUGUAUAGACUACUGCAAGCUGAACGUGGCGACUCGUAGAGAUCACUUUCCAUUACCUUUCAUUGAUUAUAUGCUUGAGAUGUUAGCAGGUCAUCCUUCUUAUUGUUUUCUUGAUGGUUAUUCGGGAUAUAAUCAAAUUGUUAUUGCUCUUGAAGAUCAAGAGAAUACGACCUUCACAUGCCCUUUUGGUACUUUUGCUUUCCGACGUAUGCUAUUUGGGUAUUGUAAUGCUCCCGCCACCUUUCAACGAUAUAUUUGGGUUAUGACUGAUUUCCCAUUUAUUAUGGUACAAAUUAAGAACAGGAAAUGGCAAAAAUUGUGCUCUCAACCACAAGCGACAGUCCAGCCUAUUGUUCAAGAAUUCUAUGCAAAUGUUGUGGAGCGAGCUAAUAAUAAAGUCAUAGCUCAUGGCAAUCCUGUUAGUUAUUCAGCCGUUGCUAUUAACAAAUUCUACAAACUCCGAGACAUACCUGAUGAUGAGUAUAGCCAACCAGAGAAUGGUCUAGACUUGAUGCUAUCAUACCAACUAUUGGUGUCCAUCCAGUUUAAGAAUUUUAUAGGCUACAAAAAGGAGUUGCAAGAUGAAGUUGAGAUGUAA